AUGAAGAUAAAAGUGAUUGAAAUGGCGUCAGGAGCAGUGCUGUGUGCGGCGGCUCUGCUCAACUUCGCCUUCGUCUUCAUCACCGGCUCAGACUUUAUCCGCUUCGUUUCGUUCAGAGAGAUUUAUCACAACAUCACCGGCGAAACGACCCGGUGCCAGGACUCUGUGGCCUGGUCCUCUGCUCUGUGUGACCCACGGGUGCUGGGUUCUCUGCUCGGAGACCUGUGUCUGGUGGGUCUGUUCGCGCUGCAGCACAGUGUCCUGGCCUGGACUCCGGUCAAACAGGUUUGUGAGCGGAGCCUCGGGGCCAUGAGCCGCUCGGUCUACUGCUUCACCACCGCCCUCACGCUGCAGGUGUUGAUGCGGUGUUGGCAGCCGGUCAGUGGCGCCCCCUGCCUGUGGUCGGUCAGAACUGCACCCUGGAGUGUGUGGUUUCCUCUCUUGUGCUUUUCGCUGCACUUCGUCUGCUGGGCUCUGAUCUGCAGCAUCCUCAUCAUCUUCGAUUAUCCUGAACUCAUGGGCAUCAAGCAGGUGUACUACAAAUGCAUCGGCCGGAGGGACCCUCCGUGGGACGGGGCGAGUGGAGCUCAGAGGCUGCUGUCCCACCUGCGUCAUCCCGUGUGUGUGGAGCUGCUGCUGGUGCUGUGGGUGCUGCCUGCGCUGACACUGGACCGGCUCGUCCUGGCGGCGGCGCUGUCCUCGUAUCUGCUGUUGGGACAUUCUCUGGACAAACAGGACCUGGAUCAUGUUUGUGCUCGGUUCAAGCCCAGAGUCAUAAAACAGCAGUGA